AAUGUUUGUGUAUCCAAGUCUUUGAGAUCGGACACUAUUUGGAUAAGAGAUUUUCAAAUAAACUUAGUAUUUAUGGUGCAGGCUGAUAAAUAAGGAAUAUAUUCGCUUCAGUGGAGUUAUCAUUUGCCGAUAUUUCGGGAGAGCCGUGUAAAUAUCAUAAAAUAUGAGAUUUUGAUCUAGUUUUUGGGAAAGGUGUGGAUUUUCAUCACAAAAUGUCGCGGCGAGUGAAGCGCAAGCAAACAAAAGUUCAGGAUGAUGGUGAGAAAGGGGCGUUUGCAUACAAAGUGUUGUCUGAGGCACAGACAAAAGACCUCCUGGAGCUGACGGUGGAGGAAGUAGAGGGGAAACUUGGGGGAAUUCUCAACAUAACAGAUCAGGGAACGGACUUGAAAAAUGCAGCGACGUUAGAUUUCUUCACGGGCGGAUUCUGGUGGGCGAAGGAACAGGGUUACAACAUACAGCAGGCCUCCGGAUUCUUCACACUCAUUCAUACCCUGUUAGAGAACGUAAAAGACAAACAAAUGACCAUGGUCGACAAUCUAAAACAGUUCAAGAAGUCACUGGCGGGAAUUGGUCAAGACGCCCCGGAAGUCUAUGGCGGAAUGGAAUUCUUCGACAUCAACCAAGCAAAAGCUGUGUCUGAUUUUGUUUACAUGAGCUUCUUCCAGCAUUAUCAUCUCUAUGAGUUUGUCUAUGGACACUCACAAGCUGAAGAAAUCAUUGGAACAGAUCUUGAAAUUGAAGUUCCCAAAGCAGCUGACAUGCCAUGGCCUCCACCGUUAGAUGAGGGAGUCUCUGAGGAGGUCUACAACACAUUCAUUGCCACACCCCCACCCACACCUGUACCAGAGCCAACAGAGGAGGAGAGUGAAGAGGUGUGUGUGGACCAGGGCGAGACGGAUGCUGAUAGAGAGGCGGCAUUGUUCUCUAAUUUGUCGCCAGAGGAAGUCAAGAGAGUCCUGGAGAGCGUCUGUAAGGAGGUGUUGGCAGGAGUUGAGGCUGAUGUUGCCAGUAAACUUCGAGACAAAGAAAUCGCAUUUGUGACUCGGAUCAACAAAAUUCACAAAGUGGCGGAUUAAAGGUGCAAUACACAAUGCCAGUUCAAUCUGUGAUGAGACAAUGAAAUAUUCUGUUGAAAGUGGUUACGAACUGAAAAAACAAUCUCUAGGCUUCUGCUCAGUCUCAAAUUAAAUCUACAGACCAUUUUGUUUUUUGUGACUUGAGCCUUUAUAAGGAGGAGUGGCGUGAAAUAAUGCCGAAACAACCUUUUUUCAAAAUCCGUCCAUCCAAGUUUUUAUUUUGGUCAUCGUGUACUUGUAUUCUAACAGUUUCUUAAAUUGUUUGUAAAUUGUAAAUAGAUAAUAUGUGAAUAGGUAUUGUGUACACCAGGCUUUUGAUAAAGGACCUCAUGAGACAAUGUACAGUCGAACUCGGUAUAAGAAGGAAACACUGUCUUGAACAGACGGAAGAUUUUGCAAUGCCUGAUUAAUUGCCAUUCUUUCCUCAUUUCUAUUUAUUCUUUAAUCCCGUCCCCUAACAAGCAUUGUUACUUGAACUGGCUUCGUCUGUAUACAGCUCUUCAGAGUCGCCUGGUCUCUGGGUGAAUGUCCAUUUAUUAAACAAAACCAUGAUAAAGAAAC